AUGGAGAUCUGUACUUAUAGCGCACGUACGCUCACUUCGGAAGCGGUAAUCAAAGAACAGACGAUGCUGUCACGAAGACGAACACGCGCUCAAAUGGAACAACAACUGCAUCGAGAAGGGAAUGGCCACUGGCCUCCUCACCAUCUGAGGGAAGGAGGACUUGUCAUUGCAGAAGUUGUCCCGUCCGAAGUAGGACAUGCUAUCAUGUCGAAUCUUCCGCAAUUUCUCAUCAACACUACAGCGAACCUCUUUGCACAUUACCUACCGAAGUGCGAGGUCCCUACAGACCAGCGAGACUGUGCUGUUGUGUAA